GGUAUUUUCUGGAAUACUGAGCUAGUAUAAAAGGCGCACCGACACGCGCUCACGACAGGAAUCACCAGACGAAGUAUUCUUCUUGUUGUGAAGCUCGUCGUACACCUAGAGGAUCAAGAUGCCUGAACUACAUGACCAACCAAUGGAGGAGGAGGCAGAGACCUUCGCAUUCCAGGCUGAAAUUGCUCAGCUGAUGUCCCUGAUCAUCAACACUUUCUAUUCCAACAAAGAGAUUUUCCUCAGGGAGCUGAUCUCCAACUCUUCAGAUGCUCUGGACAAAAUUCGCUACGAGAGUCUCACCGACCCGUCCAAGCUCGACUCGGGCAAGGACCUCAAAAUUGAAAUCCGACCGAACAAAGAGGAGCGCACCCUCACCCUGAUCGACACAGGCAUCGGCAUGACCAAGGCCGACCUGAUCAACAACCUGGGCACGAUCGCCAAGUCCGGCACCAAGGCCUUCAUGGAGGCUCUGCAGGCUGGAGCCGACAUCUCCAUGAUCGGCCAGUUCGGCGUGGGUUUCUACUCRGCCUACCUGGUGGCCGAGAAGGUGACMGUCAUCACAAAGCACAACGAUGAUGAACAGUARGRSUGGGAAUCCUCUGCUGGAGGGUCCUUCACAGUUAGACUGGACAACUCUGAACCACUGGGACGUGGAACAAAAGUCAUUCUGCACCUGAAAGAAGAUCAGACUGAGUACGUUGAGGAGAGAAGAAUUAAAGAGAUUGUGAAGAAGCAUUCACAGUUCAUUGGCUAUCCCAUUACUCUCUUUGUGGAGAAGGAGCGAGACAAGGAGGUGAGUGACGAUGAGGCUGAGGAGGAGGAGAAGGACAAGGAGGAGAAAGAGAAGGAAAAGGAGGAGGAGAAAGACGAGGAUAAACCAGAGAUCGAGGACGUCGGCUCAGACGAGGACGACGACCACGACAAGUCCUCUGAGAAAAAGAAGAAGAAGAAGAAGAAGAUCAAGGAGAAGUACAUCGAUCAGGAGGAGCUGAACAAGACCAAACCUCUGUGGACCCGCAACCCUGAUGACAUCACCAAUGAGGAGUACGGAGAGUUUUACAAGAGUCUCACCAACGACUGGGAGGAUCACCUGGCAGUCAAACAUUUCUCAGUGGAGGGUCAGCUGGAGUUCCGCGCUCUUCUCUUUGUUCCUCGUCGUGCUCCCUUCGACCUUUUUGAGAACAAAAAGAAGAAAAACAACAUCAAGCUGUACGUGCGCCGAGUCUUCAUCAUGGACAACUGUGACGAGCUCAUCCCAGAGUACCUCAACUUCAUCAGGGGUGUGGUGGACUCAGAGGAUCUGCCCCUGAACAUCUCCAGAGAGAUGCUGCAGCAGAGCAAGAUCCUGAAAGUGAUCCGCAAGAACCUGGUCAAGAAGUGCCUGGAGCUGUUCACUGAACUGUCAGAGGACAAGGACAACUACAAGAAGUUCUAUGAGCAGUUCUCCAAGAAUAUUAAGCUUGGUAUCCAUGAAGACUCCCAGAACAGAAAGAAGCUGUCAGAACUGCUGCGUUAUUACACCUCUGCCUCUGGAGACGAGAUGGUUUCCCUAAAAGACUACGUCACACGUAUGAAGGACAAUCAGAAGCACAUCUACUACAUCACUGGUGAAACAAAGGACCAAGUUGCAAACUCUGCUUUUGUGGAGCGUCUCCGCAAAGCUGGCCUGGAGGUCAUCUAUAUGAUAGAGCCCAUCGACGAGUAUUGUGUGCAGCAGCUYAAGGAGUUUGAAGGAAAGAACCUGGUUUCAGUGACGAAGGAAGGCCUGGAGCUGCCUGAGGACGAGGAAGAGAAGAAGAAGCAGGAGGAGAAGAAGGCUCAGUUUGAGAACCUGUGCAAGAUCAUGAAAGACAUCUUGGAGAAGAAAGUGGAAAAAGUCACCGUCUCCAACCGCCUCGUCUCUUCACCCUGCUGCAUCGUCACCAGCACCUACGGCUGGACGGCCAACAUGGAGAGGAUCAUGAAYMCRCAGGCYCUGAGGGACAACUCCACCAUGGGAUACAUGYCSGCCAAGAAGCACCUCGAGAUCAACCCGGACCACCCCAUCAUGGAGACCCUGAGGCAGAAGGCAGAGGCCGACAAGAAUGACAAGUCGGUGAAGGAUCUGGUCAUCCUCCUGUUCGAGACCGCCCUGCUGUCCUCYGGGUUCACUCUGGAGGACCCACAAACACACGCCAACCGCAUCUACAGAAUGAUCAAACUGGGUCUUGGUAUCGAUGAAGACGACAUGACGACAGAAGAGACCACCUCUGCUCCCACUGAGGACAUGCCCCCACUCGAAGGGGACGACGACACCUCCAGAAUGGAAGAAGUGGACUGAGUCUGCUUCCUAGUUCCUGCAGGUGUUCAAAAAUUAGUUUAGUGUACAGUUCAAAGUUUAAAUGCUGUAAAUGAGCUCAAAAGAUCCCAUUUUAAUUCUGGAACAAAUGUCCUUUGUUUCUGUUCAUCCUCCACUUUAGUUCAAAAUCAUUCCUUUCUGUUCUUUGUCUUUUUCCCUUUGUAAUGUUGCACGAAUGCAGUUUUUUUUUUUUUUUUGUAUUUACAUUCCAAAGUUUGUAUUCUAUUACUGUAAAUAUCUUGGAGUUAAUAUUAUUGUUUGGGACCGUGCUGCACAUAAAUAAAGCUUGAACAUGUAAAGUUA